AUGACCACAUGCAACUUCUUUGAUAGUACCAAUCGAAAGGAGCACAUUCCAUAGGAGUAUAAAAGAGGAUUUCAAUGAGUUCUAGUAAGGUGGAGAUAAUUGGGUACAACAUAUCACAAUUUGGUGAGUUCAUCAGUUAUCCUAUCAUUUAUUUUGCGCCAAGUAUCCUACGAGGAGAAUUAUUAGAUGAUGCAUGGAAAGAGUAUUUUGACCGAAGAGUAUUCUUUGUGCUUAGGAUCGAACAGUUCCGGUCAUGGACCCUGGCGCAGCUCUUAUUUUGGGUUUUGCAAGCUAAGAAAUUCUCCAACAAAAAUCAAAGUCCAGACGAGAAGAGACUAGUGCUUGUAGAAAUUACGGUCAAAUUCCAUCCCUGUAAAUUUAGGUUUUGCAACCUGGUAAACUAAAACUCCAAUUAUUUUUCUUACCUUCGAUUGUAUAUGAUUUACCAUGCCCAACUGGGAAGAUAGGUUUCGAGGAAUUGAUCCGAGUUGUGCUCACCGUUGACAAUCCAAUUGACGUUUUUUGUGUAAAUCACUUUUCACUGAACUCCACAAAAUUAAAUUUGGUCCCAGAA